CAUCUCUUACCACUUUCUCCAAUACAAUCACUCUUGUUCAUUGAUGUUCUUACCCAAACACACAUCUUAACGUGGAAAAAAAAAAAGAAAGACUCAGACAAAGCUAACUGUCUUUUGUUUCAUUUCGUUGUCACAUGGCCACUGAUUCAGCAAUGUUCGCAUCCUCACGUCGGAGACAAUCUCCGUCGCUGGAGGCGUUUCUAUCACCGGUUGAUCUCUCCGACGUCCCUCUCCUUCGAACACUAUCUUCCACCUCAUCAGAGAUCGUCUCCUGCUUCAGCGACGUACGUUUCUCCUUCCAGCGUAGAAACUCUCGGUCCCUGAUACGUAAAGUCCAAGUCAUCGCCGUCUUGCUCCAACACCUCGCACCGGAGUCAAGCUUGGAUCCCACGGCGGUGCUCUGCUUCAAGGAGCUCUAUCUCCUCCUCCACCACUCCAAGUUCCUCCUCCGCUACUGCGCUCACUCCAGCAAGCUAUGGCUCUUGCUUCAAAGCCCCUCGCUCUCGAGCUUCUUCCACGAUCUGAGCAAAGACUAUUCCACCCUCUUAGAUGUCCUCCUCCCCGCUGAGAGUCUCUGCCUAAAAGACGACGUUAGAGAGCAAGUCCAGCUCUUGCACAUGCAGCACUACGUUGACGAUAACAACGACGAGACGCUGCGUAACAGACUCUAUUCGUUUCUCGACGAGUUCGAGAACGGGAGUGUACCAAACUCAGAAGAGCUAAGCUUCUUCUUCUUCGAGAAACUCGGGAUUAAAGAUCCAACAAGUUACAGAGAAGAGAUCGAGUUUCUUGAAGAACAGAUCAAAAGCCACGGGUGUGACUUGGAGCCUACGAGAUCGGUGAUCAACGGGUUUGUAGAUAUCACACGGUACGUUAUGUUUCUCUUAUUCAAGAUUGAAGAUAGUAACGAGAUUAAGAAACAGAGGAAAGGUUUGAUCUCUGAGGAGAUUGAGAACACGUUUACAACGCUUCCAAAGGAUUUCAUCUGCUCCAUCUCUCUCAACAUCAUGAACGAUCCUGUUGUGAUCGUCUCCACCGGACAGACUUACGACCGAAGCUCCAUCGCUAGGUGGAUUCAUCAAGAAGGUCGCUCUACUUGUCCCAAAACAGGACAGAAGCUAGUGGACUUGAGUUUCGUUCCCAAUCUAGCUUUGAGACACUUGACAACGCUUUGGUGCCAAGUAAACGGUUUGUCUCAUGACUCACCACCACCUAAAGAGUCUCUCCCUAAGGUGUUUCAAACAAGAGCUUCGACGGAAGCAAACAAAGCAGCUAUAUCGAUUCUCGUGCGGAACCUAGCACACGGCUCAGAGUUGGCUGCAGGAGAGAUCCGUGUUCUCACUAGAACAGUAACGGAAACGCGUACGUUGAUCGUGGAAGCAGGUGCGAUCCCGUAUCUGCAUAGUCUUCUCAAAUCUGAAAACGCUGUUGCGCAAGAGAACGCUGUCGCAUCAAUCUUUAACUUGUCUAUCGACGAAGCAAACAGGAGUCUGAUCAUGGAAGAACACGACUGUCUCGAGCCGAUAAUGAGCGUUCUCGUAUCCGGUCUUACGAUGAGAGCUAAGGAGAUUGCAACAGCCGCGUUGUACACUCUUUCCAGUGUACAUGAUUACAAGAAAACGAUAGCAAACGCUGAUGGCUGCAUCGAGUCGCUUGCACUGGUGCUGCGAAACGGAACCGUGAGAGGGAAGAAAGAUGCUGUCUACGCUUUACAUAGCUUAUGGUUGCAUCCGGAUAACUGCAGCUUGGUGGUAAAAAGGGGAGGAGUGUCUGCUCUGGUUGGAGCUUUAGGGGAAGAGUCUGUGGCGGAGAAAGUUGCGUGCGUGUUGGGUGUGAUGGCUACUGAGUCUUUAGGAGCUGAGAGUAUAGGGAGAGAGGAAACGGUUGUGACGGGGCUCAUGGAACUAAUGAGAUGUGGAAGACCAUUAGGCAAAGAAAAAGCUAUUGCGACUCUGUUACAACUCUGCACACUAGGUGGAGCGGUUGUGACGGAGAAGGUUGUGAAAACACCGGCUCUUGCGGUCUUGACGCGUAAGCUUUUGCUCACGGGUACAGACCGAGCUAAGAGGAAAGCGGUUUCACUCUCUAAGGUCUGUAAGGGGUGCGACCAGAAAACACAGAGAUAAACGGUCUUGUAGUAGAGAAGGGAGUUAUAGAACCGAUCUUGUGAUCUUUAUAUCUAUGCAUAAGUCUUAAAUAAGAGAGUUAAGGGAAACAGCAGAAUAAGAGUUCCACAUGCAGUGACCUUUAUAUAUGUUAUUAUAUGAUUAUGAGCGUU